UGCAGGUGGAAUAUAUUCAGAUGCUUGAAGGAGAACUCUAUGUUGACGUGGGAGACAAACGAAUUCGGCUCACACCUUCUGAUGGUGAGCUGGAGAUUCCCGCUUGGCACAGAAAUCGGGUAAUUCCACUGCCCCCCUCCGAGGACCGCAAAUACACAAAGUUUUUGCUCAGUGGACCCGGAACUGAUGGACCGUACAUGCUGGAUGCGAUAUUCUAUGAGAAUUACUACAGAUACAUGGAUCAAGCAUUGUCCCCAGGCGGUGAGGGGAUCAGCGUCGUCCAAGUGCUCUGCAUGUUCGACCGUGGUGGCUCAUGUCUCGCAUUGCCGAAGUUCAUACCAUUCAGCAUGACCCUAUCCAAGGCAAUGACCGUUGUCAUCGGUCGCUGGUUGGGAGGUAUUCUUGGCUAUCAGCCAUACUACAAGGAGUGGAGUACCGAUUGGGAGACGGCGAAGCAGCGAAUGAGUACAUCAGUCGUUCAGAAACGCUUCGCGCGUGAAUAG